AUGAAUCAAAUGUUGAAACCUGAACGACAAUGUUUGGAACGCAUUGCAAAUUAUAAUACAAUGAAAUUCUAUAAUAACGGUGCUAGCAUUCUGCAGUGUUAUCGACAACGGUUACCAUCAACUGUUUUACAAGACUUUUUAUUUCUUGGAAAUUUUGAUCACGCUUGUGACGUUGAACAACUACGUUCACUUGGCAUCAAACAUAUUUCGAAAGUAUGCAAUGAAUCAUUAAAUGAGACGAUAUUAAAUAACUUUAAUGUAUGUCACGUUAAUUUACGUGAUUUAGUUGAAACAAAUAUUAAAGAACAUUUUCAAUUAACAAAUGAUUUUUUGCGAAUGUGUUAUUUGAAAAACGAAAAAGUCUUGUGCCAUUGUCAUGCAGGAAUAUCACGUAGUGCUACAGCCUAUCUGAUGAAAUAUUUGAGGGUGAAAUUUGAGCAAGCCUAUUAUUAUCUAUCGGAAAAACGAAUCAUUAUUUGUCCAAAUAUUGAUUUCUUAACACAAGUUGUUGAGUACGAGCACGAUCUUUUAAAAGACAUCUCAAAUCAAAAUGAUAAUAAUUAA